AUGCAGUUUUUGGUUGUUAUUUAUUUUAUCAUUUUAUUCUUGGUAUCAUUUUUCAGCAAUAGUAAUGCAUCGUGUUUUCUAUCCAAUACUACCUAUGUACUUUGUUCAUUGAAUGAUACAAAUAUAAGUAAUUAUUCAAAAUUAUUUCAUGAAGUUGAAUUAGCAAAACAUUGUCAUGAACAUUUUGUUAAAAAACUUCUGGGAAAAUCAUGUGGUUAUCAAACAAUGAACUCUCCAAUGAAACAUAAAAUACCAACUGUUGUUGAAAAAUAUGUUUAUGGUUUUAUUGCUAUAUUUAUUGUAUCAGCUCUGUCAUUAGUUGGUAUAUUAACUCUUCCAAUUCUUUAUAAAGUGUCUUUUAAAUAUAUACUUAAUUUAUUUACUGCUGUUGCUAUUGGAACACUUUUAGGUGAUGCAAUGUUCCAUUUAAUUCCAUUUAUCUUUGAUUGUCAUAAUCAUAAUAUGAAUGAUUAUAAUCAUGAUCAUUCAUCAUUUCUAAUUCCAAGUCAUCAAUGGAAAAUUUUAUUAUCUGUAUUAAUUCUUUAUAUAUUUUAUCUAUUAGAAAUUUUUCUUCAUUGGUUUGUUCAUUAUAAACAUGAUCAUAUUUCAACACAUUCACAUAUACAUAAUCAUUCGAAUAAAACUAAUGAACUUAUUCAUUAUACACAAGUUGAUAUUGAUGCUGAUAUAGAACAUAGUCAUCUUCAUCAUAAUCCUACACAUCAUAAUUUACAUCAACAUUUAAAUUCACCAUCAAUAUAUUCGAAUGCAAGAAGUUUUUUUAAUAAUACAAGUUCACCUUGUAUACCAUGUAGUUAUUCAAAUGAACAUCAUCUUACAACAAAUUCAUAUAUUGAAUGUAAUAUAAAAGAAAAAUCAUUAAAUGAACAAGUAUCACUAUCACAAAAAAUGUAUACUUCACAAGUUAGUGAUGAAAUUGAUCAUAUUCAUCCAACAAUACAACAAUUAAAAAUAAUUAAAUCUACUGGUUGGAUGAUAUUAUUUGGUGAUAGUAUACAUAAUUUUGCUGAUGGUCUAGCUAUUGGUGCUGCAUUUAGUGAAGAUUUAAUGUUAGGUAUUACCACAACAAUUGCUGUUGCUUGUCAUGAAUUACCACAUGAACUUGGAGAUUAUGCUGUUUUACUACAAUCCGGUUUUUCACAUUCUCGAGCAUUAUUAUGGAAUUUUCUUUCGGCAACAACUGCUAUUAUUGGAUUUUUUAUUGGUUCAAUUAUGUCAAAUAAUGAAAAUGCUCGUCAAUGGAUAUUUGCAGCAACUAUUGGCAUGUUUUUAUAUAUUGCAUUAGCUGAUUUGCUACCAACAUUAUUAACUGAUGGAGAACUUGAACUAAAAAAUUUUCUUGUUGUUAAUAUUGGUUUUUUAUUUGGUAUAACAAUUAUGUUUCUUUUAGCAUUAUUUGAAGAUAAAAUACAUAGAUUAUCAAUUCGAUAA